AUGGAUUCAGAUAAACAGAUAGACAUGUGGACAAUGAUGGAUGCUUCUGGCGAUACUCGAUCUCAAUUUGCUUGGGGCAACAAUUUUUGGUUCGGCUCAGAGCGACAGUGCCGCUUUCUCGCAACUCCCUUACCUUUGCAAGUCUCUGAUAAAUACGAUCCACCUCUGCCUGAUUUUACGCCACCACCGUAUCCAGUUAGAUAUAGCAUGGCCUAUUGUAGGCAACAAUCUAGGCUACAGGUGAGGGUGCAUUUUCCGGAUGAGGAGUUAGUUCAACUAGGAUUGUGUUUGCCGAAAUCUUGUACACCUGAAGAUGUGGAAGAGCGACUCCAACUUCAUCUGUCUAGAGAUUUAGGCAGCAGGUCAUGGCGUCGACUUAUGCGAAAUAAUUUCACUGUCGUUGGAGUCAAACCGCUUCCGGGUGAUGAUAGAUUGAAGGACCAGCCAAAAUAUGUCAUCGUUCUGACGAUUUUAGCGGCAAGCGCGAUUUUGGUUAUCUUGGCUACAAUUUAUGAAGUUCGUAUUUGGAAACCUCGUAAAAAGUCACAAAGAAACAAUAACAAUGAGGUCGCCUCCAAACAUAUGGCUGAUUGUGAACAUCAAACACCGGCGGAUGCACCAAAAGAAUCGGUUUGGAGCAGUUUACUGAUGACUUUUUCAGCACAAACAAAUAUUAGUGUAUUAUUAAAUACAAAACUUGGCGAUGAUUCAGUACCUGUAAUUCAUGGAAUAAGAUUUUUAGGAAUGGUUUGGAUUAUCAUGGUGCAUAUCAUGUUAUAUUCUUUUGAAGUGGCUGACAAUAAAGUAGUUGCUUUACUUGAAUCUCAAUCAAUUGGUGCCCAAAUUUUGGCAAAUGCUAUGCUCAGCGUCGACACAUUUUUCUUUCUUAGUGGUUUCCUCGUGGCAUAUCUAUUUUAUAAUGGUAGAAAAAAGACUGGAAAUAAAUAUCAAAGUCCAAUGAAAAAAGUACAAGAAUUCGUUUUGAUGGUGAUCAGGCGUUAUGUCAGAUUGACACCGCCGUACGUGAUUGCAAUUUUACUUGCCGAGUUGGCAUCCUGGCAUGUCGCCCAAUACACCCAGUUCCAUAUGACUGAACGCAACCAUGCCACCUGCCAUGAACAUUGGUGGCGAAACUUGCUCUAUAUUAACAAUCUCUAUCCAAGGUCGGAGAUGUGUCUCAGCUGGAGCUGGUACCUGAGCAACGAUAUGCAGUUCUUCGUGCUGGCCAGUGCUCUGAUGUUUUUAUCUACAUCUUUCUUCAAAUUAGCAGCAACUUUACUAUUAUCAAUUCUCGCUUUCUGCACAGCUCUGACUACUUAUAUUGCAUACAGCUAUGAUUAUACGCCAACAAUGGAUGAGCAAUAUCUUAUGAUGGAUGUUUUGUAUGAUCCUCCAUGGACAAGAAUAGGUCCUUACUUGGUUGGUGUUGCUACAGGAUACAUUCUUGUGCAUUUAGAUGGAAAACUUACAUUGAAAAGGACUGGUAUCACAAUGCUGUGGAUAGCUUCCUGGAUGCUUAAUUUAACUUUGUUAUUUGGGUUAACAAAUAAACGAAUUGGUGGCUGGUUAGCUGCAGUAUAUGUCGCCAUUUCAAGGCCAGCUUGGGGUCUAGGUCUAGCUUGGGCUGUAUUGGCUUGUUCCACAGGACAUGGAGGUUAUAUAAAUCGACUCCUGAGCUGGUCUCGUUUUGUUCCCUUGAGCAGGUUGACGUACUGCAUGUAUCUAUUGAAUCCAAUUAUCAUACACAGUGCGUAUUUCAUGAGCGAAGUGCCAUUGCAUUUACAGUAUCAGAAUGUUGUUUUGCGUUUUAUAAGUGUACUGGUGAUAGUUAUGUUCCUUUCUUUCUGGAUGUCUUUGGUUUAUGAAACUCCAAAUGUGUUAUUGACAAGAAUUUUUCUAAAAGCACUAGAACCGAAACCAAGGCGAAAAACUGUCGAUUCUAAUACUGUAGUCGACAGCCAGAAUAAUCAAGUACCAGUUGGUGAUAAUAAAGAUUAA